GUUGUAUAUAUAGAUAAAUACGAAAACUUACUACACUAUAAUAAAAUACACUGGCCCUUAAAUUGAUAUCUAAUCAAGUACACGAUAAAAAAGUGAUAUAUUAAAAAGUAUUUAAGAAAAAGCUUACCAUAUUGUGCUAUACCACCGUACAGUUAACAUGAAGUUUAUAAUACUACAACUACUAUGUUUUAUUGGAGCGUGGGCAUCGCCCCGACUUGACCCACUAGUGUAUAGCAAGCGGGGUCUGAUUCGUGGGCUGCAGGCGACCGAUGGAGACUACGCUAUGUUCCUCGGUAUACCAUACGCUUUGGUCAAUUAUACCAAUCCAUUCGGGCCAUCACUACCAUAUCCUGACUUCAAAGAGACAUUCGAGGCCAUCGAUGACUCAGCAAUUUGCCCACAAUUGGAGGAUUUCAGUAACCAAAUAACUGGCUCACUGGACUGUUUGCAUCUCAACGUGUACGUGCCGAACACAGCGACCAGUUUGAAUAGACUCCCAGUUCUAGUUUGGAUAUAUGGUGGCGGAUUCCAAAUUGGUUACGCUAAUAGAUACGUAUACGGACCUAAAUAUCUGGUCAGGAAUGAUGUCAUAGUAGUCACAAUCAACUAUCGUGUUGGACCUUAUGGUUUCAUGUGUCUAGACACACCAGAUGUACCCGGAAAUCAAGGCUUGAAAGAUCAAUUAAACGCUUUACGAUGGAUUAAAGAAAAUAUUGGUGCUUUCGGUGGCGAUGCUAACAAAGUGACUAUAUUUGGAGAAAGCGCUGGAGCGGGAUCUGUAGAUUUCCAAUUAUUAUCAAAACAAGAGAAACUUUUCGAUAAAGUUAUAAUGCAGAGCGGUACUACAUUAGGUCCUUGGGCGAUAGUUGAAUCUAAUCCGAACGCACCUACUAUUUUAGCUGAUAAAUUGGGCUUUGAAACAGAAGAUACUAUUGAAGCGAUAAACUUUUUAGCUUCGGUCGAUCCAAAAUUACUUAUAGCAGUUGCAAUAGAAUCAAAUUUGAGUUUCAUGCCUUGCGUUGAAAAAGAAUUUGAAGGUGUCGAAAGAUUUGUCGCUGAACAUCCGAUUAACAGUGAAAUACCAAAAGCUAAAAACACACCAAUUCUUACUGGAUAUAAUAAUAGAGAAAUGCUAGUAGGUGAAUUUUUUGGACUAGGAUCCAUACAUUUGGAUAUGUUUAAAGAACAGUUAACAAAGGCAUUUAACUUCGGCGAUGAUGAAUUGGUAACUUUAGUUAGACAAUUCUACAUAGGUGAUGAUAAUAAUGUUGAUGAUUCAAAAGAAAACCUUAUUAAUUUCCAUUCAGAUUUUAUGUUCAAUCAUCCAAUUCAUAGAAGUGUUCAGAAAUAUCUGGAAAAUUGUGGAAAUGUCUAUCAUUACAUAUUCUCGUAUUCUGGAGAUAGAAACUUUAUUAAAUGGAGACUAAAUAUCACUGAAGACGGUGUAAGCCACGCUGAUGAGUUAAGUUAUCUAUUCGAUAUUGCAAUAAUGAAAGAACCACCUACAGAAGAGGAUCAACUUGUUAUCGAUAGAAUGACAACAAUGUGGACUAAUUUCGCCAAGUAUGGAAACCCAACACCAGAAGCAACAGAUUUAUUGCCAGUACAAUGGACACCAGUGACCAAGGAAGUUCUAACAUAUCUCGACAUCGACAGCGAACUGACGCUAAAGAAACGACCAUUCCAUGACCGAAUGGCGUUCUUAGAUCUUUUCUAUAAAAUGAACAAGCAUUUAUUGAAGGGAUACAAAGAUAAUAAUAUAUAGUUCUUAUGUUACCAUAGAAUUCGACUGCAGUGACACUUUACCACAUAUUGUUGUCUCUGUUUUCUCAAAGAGAAUGAACGGGACGACAAUAUGUAUUCAUCAAAGAGAUAAUAUAACACUAGUUAUAGAGCGGACAUAAGAGCACAUUGUUUUAAUUUUAACGGUAGAUCCUUGCAACAACAAUUUUUGUUGAGUGCACGAAUGGAUCUCGCCCGGUACAAUACCACGACCACGCAGAAGAUAGGCGUCAAUUGGAAGCAAUUCCGCUUUUCGUCUGAUGAGUGCUGGAGGACUAAUUAUAGUCUACGUUCACGGAAAGGGAAGUGUAUUCAUAGUAAGGAGAAAUAUUGUCUUUCUGUACAACGCAACCGCAAUCACAGAUGUCAAUGGGCAUCGAUCGCUUGGCGAUUCUAGCGAAUACAGAUGACAGCUCGUUGACAACCUUGUAAUAUGAAAAAAAAAAAAUUUAUCACACGUAAUCAUCAGAAUAACUAUCUGUCACAAGUAUCCAACUAGACGACGGAUACUGUACCGGUGAUACAUCUCUUUGUGAGUACGGUUUGGUUCGUAAUGUUCAAUCGAUCAAUAUAUUACAAGUCUCACAUUAAAACAAGAGUCACGACAGUGGAGUUUUAUGUAAACAUUAUAGAAGUUAUUUUAAAUAAAGCAUAUUAUAUA